ACUAAACAUACCCCUUGACGGAAUUUCUUUUUUUGUUUCAAAAUUUAACAAUUUGCAAAGCAACUACAGAUUAUUUAAAUAAUAGUUCAUUGACUGGCGCCUCAAAGCUACUUAAUUAAAGCUUGAUCACAAAUAACAAAAAACCACAAAGAGGAAAUGGAAGCAGAAGAUACCAAUAUGGACGACGAAUCGUCCGUCGCAUCGUCUCACAAUAGUCCCAAUAAAGAGGACAAAGAGGAAGAGCACUCACCCCAGGCUUCGCCCCAAAUGUCAGAGGAAGAACCUGAGGAGCCGCCACCUUCCUUCAGUUUGGCAACACUGGGCCUUCAACGUGUAGGCACUGCUCCACCACCAAAACCACAGCCACAACAACCCAUACAAAUGUUAAAUGCCCGUGGCAUGCCAGCUAGGAUACGCAAACGCAAUCGUUUUUUCUUCGACGAUGACAUCAUCAAUGAUGAUAAACCGCUACGCAUGAGUCUAUCGCCCCGAAAAAUGGCCAUGAAAGUGAAUUCGCCCAAGACUCCCUCGAAAGUUUUGAAGAAACGUAAGGGUGUGGCUUCGCGAUAUAUGCGUUCCGAGGAGAAACCAAAUAAAUACCGUGAACAGUCGGUUCAUACAACCCCCGGAAAAGGCAGUGGCGGUAAUGCCGGCUCUAACAAUAAUACCCCCAAAUCGGUAGGAGGCACCAGCCGCAGCAGCAACAAUGCUUUAACUCCUGGAGUUACUUCGAUUUCUUCUUCAAUUAUACCGGCUGACAAGAAAAUUGGACAACGCAUAGGAAUGCGGCUACGAAAUCUGCUAAAGUUACCCAAGGCCCACAAAUGGGUUAUAUUCGAGUGGUUCUAUUCGUUCAUAGACAAACCUUUAUUUGAGGGCGAAAAUGAUUUUCAGGUAUGCCUGGCAGAAUCAUUUCCCAAUUUGCACACGCGGCAAUUAACUCGUGCGGAGUGGCAAAAGGUGCGUUCUUUGAUGGGUAAGCCACGGCGUUGUUCUCAAGCCUUUUUCGAUGAAGAACGCAGGGAGCUGGAGAAGAAGAGACAAAAAAUGCGUUUUAUGCAAACCAGACGUUCGGGUGAAGUUAAGGAUAUGAAUUUUCUAAAGGACCUGCCCGAUAAAAUACCUUUGCCAUUGCCCUUGGGCACAAAAGUUACAGCUCGUCUACGUGUACCACAGGAUGGUAUAUUCAGUGGAACGGUGGAUGCUUUCGAUUCCAUGGCCUCUUCGUAUAGGGUGACCUUUGAUCGACCUGGCUUGGGAACCCAUUCAAUUCCCGACUAUGAGAUUGUCUCGGAAAAUUUCAAUGAAAUGUUGACUUUGCAAAGUAUUACCAAGGAUUUCCGCCCUUCGUUAAUGAGUGUUUACAAUGGCGUCUGCGGUAUCAUGUCCAAAACUCCCCUCAGAGGUGGUGGCAUGCGCCAAAUUCGCUCCUCAUACAAUAUGAGCUUGAACAAGAGCGAUCCCUUGUUGGGAGAAGUCAUUGAUAGUCCCUUUAAAAAUCCCGUUCUGAGGGAGGAGAAUAUAAACGGUUAUCCACCAAAGUUAUUGGAGACAUUGGUGCGCCUUAAACGAGCAAUGAAAAUCAAGCAAUCCAAGCUUAUGCGUUUGAAUGACAUGAACAAUGAGGCUGAGCUAAAGGUAUCGCAGCAGCUAGUAGCUGCCCACAACAAUUCCGGUUCCUCGUCAUCGGAUGAAAGUCAGAAUGUAGGUGGUGAUAUUACAGCGCCCCAGCUGAGCGAAGAAUUCCAAAGACGAUAUGCCUCCAUUGUUAUAUCCAUGGAGAAAAUGAAUAGAGACAUACAGGAUUAUCUCAAUGAAGUGCAAGCAUUUGCUAGUGAUCUAACGAGAGACCCACAAGUUCAGGCCAUGCUUACCCCUUCGUAUUUGAGAGAGAAAUGCCGAGAAGCGGCAGAGGAAGCUGUGCAACGCAAUAAUACUGGGGUAUUGAAAAACAAAAAUAUUCUUAGUCUUAUUAAGAAAUUGGCCACAGUUCUAUUGGUGGCCUCACACCUCAGCACUGAUAAUUCGGCGCAAGUCAACAAGGUGCUGGAGGGUUGUAUUGAGGAAGUACGUUCGAGUUUGUAUGGCGUCAAUGUGGAGACAUUUCAAAAGCAUGUACAAAUUCAUUUGCAUCACAUACGCCUGGGCAUAGGUCAAAGCAUGAUGAACGCCAACGUCAACAUGAGCGGUGGUGGUGCAGCGAGUACCGCAAACAACGUAGAACGUUAAAUUGGAGCAUGUGUGAAUUAAAGAUGAUUGCACUUUGAUGAUGGGUAUUUUUUUUUCUUUUAUUUUAGUUUUUUUUUUCUUCUUGUUGACUUUAACUGCGACUCUUGUAUAUUG